UGACAUUAAUCAUGGAAAGGUUUCCAGCCUCUCAGAAGUCACGAUGUGGGUUGACGCGCACAGCAGAGCGCACAGCGCAGCAGUAACCAUCUACUGUAGCAGGUGGUGUAUGUGUGGUGAGGAGAUUUUAUGCUUCAACGCUCCUGUGCCUGCGUAUGACGGCUUGAUAUUACAAUUUUAAGACAAGAAUAGGUUACGUUUUGGUAACGGAUCCUCUUGUCCCUCUUUAUAUUUACAGUCGUGUUUAUUUCAACUAGAUCGCGGGGAGCGGAGAGGCAACAACUGUCGUUAUUGAAAGCUGGUAAGCAGGCUCCAGUCCAUGGGGUUGUGACGCGGAUUCUCCGGCUGCGCUGAAUUGCAAGCGGGUACUGUAAACGCAUUUGAGAUAUGGACGCUGUUCUGUGAAACAUGCUGACAAAUGUUCUUCUCCCAGACAACAAAAGCUGAAGUGGCCGGCUGGUUGGUGAAGCUGUGACCUAUGCAGGGUUGUCUUGGCUGAUGGUCCAGGGGCUGUGUCCUUCCAGGAGGGUAUGCCUGUAUCCCACCAUGCCGCUGCUGGCAGAGUGGCUGCUGUGCCACUCCUUGGUGGCAUGCCUGUUGCUGCACAGCCUGGCGCUCGGGGCCACCACCACGGGCCUCCACGGGGCAAACACCGGCUGCUCCGAGAGCUGCUACUGCUCCGAGAUGGCCGACGGCGGGAGGGUGGUGCGCUGCAGCAACAUGCACCUUGCGGAGGUGCCGCAUGACCUGCCCAAUGACACUCGCCGACUUUACCUGGACGGUAACCUCCUUACCACCAUCCCCGCCGACGCCUUUGCAGGGCUUCCUUUACUCAACGAGCUGGACCUCUCCCACAAUGAGCUAACUCAGAUGGAGCCGGGGGCCUUCCGGGGUCUGGUCCCCUCUCUCAGGAGCCUGGACCUGUCCUCUAACAGACUGACCACACUGGAGCCCGAGGUCCUGGGUGGCCUGAGGGCCCAGGCCAACCUCACCCACAACCCCUGGCACUGUGACUGCCGCCUCCAGGUGUCUAUGCCCCGGCUGGACCUGGAACCGGCCUCACUGGCUGGCGUGGUGUGCCACACUUCGGAGCCCAAGGACGUUGGCAUAGAUACAGGGGUGCCCUUCAUCAUGGUGGCGGCCGACCUGGACCUGUGCGCAGGGCUCAAGAGGACCACGGACGUGGCCAUGCUGGUGACCAUGUUCGGCUGGUUCGCCAUGGUCAUCUCCUACCUGGUGUAUUAUGUCAGGCACAACCAGGAGGAUGCACGGAGACACCUGGAGUACCUCAAGUCCCUUCCCAGCAAACUGGACAGGCCAGAGGAGUCCUCUAAACUCAGCACAGUGGUGUGAGUAAAUUACCAGACCUGGGUCAAAAUGCAUUUUGUCAGGUACUUUCAAAUUCUGGAGAAGUGCUUGAUUUAGCUUGAUUGCUGUGCAAGGGGGUAGAGUUUGCACUUUUGGGACGAUUCUUAGGUAGUAGGUAAGCUAAAUCAAGCGCACCUGUAGUAUUUGACAUAUAUUUACCUAGGUCAGGUAGAGACACAGGAAAUAACAGCCAAACACCUCAAAGGGAUCAUAAAAGGAAAUGCACAAACUUGGAAAUAGACCGGGAUACUACUGUACUGUACAGGGUUUCACCAGUAAUCCAUUGGAAAUAGACCGGGAUACUACUGUACUGUACAGGG